AUGCAAGGUACUAUCCGAACCAGAGGUACUGCUUCUUCUAAGCCACUGUUGAACGAUCCUGAGAUUGAACGCACGACAAGGAGGAAUAAUAGCAACAGGAGGAGAAGGAGGACUAGAGCUAAUCCAAUUGGCCAACCAACCACUCAGAUUCCUGAAGUUCUUGUCUCUGACAUUCCUGAGUUCACUAUGGAAGGUGAAGGUGGUGCUCACAAUGACAAUCACAACCGGAGGCGCACUAUAGGUGAUGCUUUCACCUACACUAGCCCGAGGGAAUUCUCGAGCAUUGUGAGGCCUACCAUGAAUGACAGACUAGCAAAAAUGAAGCCUGCACUCCUACAGCUUAUCAACUCUCAUCAAUUUUCUAGCUUGGAUCAUGAAGACCCACAUACUCAUCUCUACACUUUCUAUGAGUUGUGUGGUUCAGUUGGAGUUUCUAGGGCUGAUGAAGAGGCACUGUUCAUGAGGUUGUUUCCAUUUUCUCUGAAUGGGAAGGCUAAGGCUUGGCUUCAUUCUCAGCCAAACCAAAGCCUGACCACUUGGAGGGAUGUGGAGACAAAAUUCUUAGCCAGGUUCUUUCCCCCGUCCAAGAACACUGAGGCCAGAACUGCUAUUGCUACUUUUGCUCAAGGUGCGGAUGAGCCACUAUGUGAAGCAUGGGAGAGGUACAAAUCAUUGUUGAGGAGGUGCCCCAAUCAUGGUUUUGAGGUGGAGCAUCAAGUUCAGACUUUCUGUAAUGGGUUACAACCUCAAACCAAGAUGAUAUUGGGUGCUUCUUUUGGAGGGUCAGUCAUGUUCAGAACUGCUGAAGAGGCUAUCACAAUCAUUGAGUCCAUGGCUUCCACUGAUUUUAGGAGCCAGCAUGGUAGAAGCUCUUCACACAAGAGAGGAGUUUUAGAGCUGAGUACUCAAGAUGCAGUGUUAGCUCAAAACAAGAUACUUUCCCAACAGAUUGAAGCCUUGAAUCAACAGAUGGCCAAGCUUCCUCAACAACUUCAAGCUAUGCAAUCUAAUGCUCCUCCUAUGCAACAAGUUAUGUCGUGUGAUUUUUGUGGAGGUGACCACCCUAAUGGUUAUUGUGCUGGAUCAUCUAGUUCCCAAGGUGAAGCAGUGAAUUAUAUGGGGAAUCAAGGGCGGCAAAAUUUCUCUCAACACCCCUAUCCGCAAAAUUCAAAUCAGGGGUGGAGAAAUAACUAUGGUGGAAACAAGCCAGACAUGAAUGCUUCAUCAAGUAGCAGGCCUCCACAUCAACACCAACACCCACCUUUAUAUGAGAGAACCACCAAGUUGGAAGACACAUUGCAACAAUUCAUGCAAUUGUCUAUGUCCAACCAAAAGAACACUGAUGCUUCAAUUAAAAAUCUGGAGAUACAGGUGGGGCAAAUAGCAAAGCAGCUAACAGAGCAACAAAAAGGUUUUUUCUCAGCCAACACCGAGCAAAACCCUAAGGGGCACUAA